AUGCUUCGCACGUCCUAUCUUCUCAGACCGACUCGGCGUGACGGCGCUGAUGGCGGUGCCGCAGCCGCUCCCGCGGAGCCCUUGAGCGACGUCUACUUGUGCGCGUCUUCACCCCCGGUGAUCGAGGAAUGGCUGGGAUGGCCUGGCGCGCCAUGCGUGGUGGCUGGCAGCAUACGGUACGUCGUCGACCCUCGCGGCGCGCUAUCGCCGUGCGCGCCUGCGGAGUCAUCGGCGUCUUGCGCCGGUGGCACGAAGGUGCAGUGCAUUGCUGAGGCGAAGCCAUCACCGAACUCACCCCCGGAGCUGCCCAGCGUCGUCCCUCUCGACGGCCUUUGCCGCGCGUAUGAGGCAGCAGACGGGCGCAGUGGGAGCGCCUUCCUGCAGGUGUACGCUGUUGGAGCUCACGGUUUACUUUCUCCAGAGGCCAAGUCCGUGAUAACUGGGUGCACCAUGGCGGCGCUGCGGUCGCGACUGUGGCACCUGCUGGGCCUCCUGCCGCACGAACGUUUUAACGGGGCGGAUUCCGCCUUGGGCAUGAGCACGGUGGCAGUGCUGAGCCGGCACUGUCGCGCGUCUACUGUGCUGCCACCGCCGCCGCCGGGUGUGAUGCGGCCUCGGUGCAGCACCGACAAGGAUGGUGGUGACAUGCGCGGUCGAGGCUGGGUGGUCACAUGGACAGUAGAACUUGUUCUCUGUGUGGCCGCUUCGCUCAUCGCAGCGGGGCCGCCGCUGGCCAAAGCAUGUCCGCCACUGUGCGUGAGCGACUGCGGGGAAGUCAUACGGACCUCGUUGCACUUUGGCCUCGGUGUACGACUGCAGCGCGACGCUGUUGACCACCACGACGAGACAACUGCACCAUCUUUCAUACCACUCGUAUCAGCUGCGGAGAGGCGCCCACGCUACACUGCCCUGUCCGUACAACUCACAGAGUGCACACUGGCCUCCUCGCACCCGCUGGAUGUCCGCCACGCUGUCGAUGUCGCGCGGGUUAUCUACGUUGACCACGUUCGCUCCGCACAGGCGCAUGGUGAAGAUGGCACGGACGCGUAUCAGCGACUCGCACGGUGUGCAGGUCGAGUCAGCGAUCUGGCGCCACUGGCAACGGCACGGGAUGCGUGGGCAGAGGCACUGCAGUCGUAUCAAGCCAGCGCCACCGCUUCGCAAGGGGGCGUGCUGUUUGUGCUGACGCACGACCUGUCAGCGCAGUCGGGGUCGGCCGCCCUUCUCCCCUUGACGGUGCGCGAGGAGCGAAGUCGCUCUCACGCCGCGGAGAAGUCGCACGAUGUGGUCUUUCCGCCGGCUCUGCGCGACCACAUCCUUGCCUCCGUCCGUGUGCGGAGCGCGCCAGCGUACUUCAGCCACGUUCUUCUGUGCCAAGCGUGGUCUUCGGAUGAUGUGGUUGUUGAGGCCCAUGCACGCCACUGGGCAAGCAAGCUUGCGGACGAUGGUGCUCUGGCGCCUGCUCGCGCUGCCGUGCAGUGGAGAACGUCUCUGCUCCUCUCAACGGCAAAGAAAGGCGCGGCCGUUACCUCGGAUGCCGGUGGAGGCCAGACACUGGCGCCUACCCCGCUGCAAUGGGUUCUGUACACUGCGCGCCGUCAGCUCGUCGUUGCCGUUGCCAAUCGCUCGCAAACUGUGCUAGCAGGCCGGCGACUGGGACUCGACCGUGCGGCUGCACCGGCAACAAACGACGCUGCUCAGUUUUCGCCGUCUGCGCUCCGGGCAUUGGCAGAGCAGUGCGUCAAGGCGCUACCCGUCGCACGUGGACUGCUGGGCUGGCACUGUCCCUGGCCUGUGCCAUCGUGCCUGCAGAACACCGACACCCGCGCAACAAUUCCGUCCGCCGCUGCAGUUGAAGAAGUGUUGUGGACGCUGCGCAUGUUGGGCAAGCUGCGAUGGAGAGCAGCGCAGCUGUACGAGGCGGCUGGCGACUCGGCCGAGCAGCACCAGCAGCUGCAAGCAUUGCGAGACGACGUGCAGCGCUGGUCGUCGCGUCGCCGUGCGCGAGCGCUGGCGGCUGAUGGCGCCGCCCUAGCAUCUGAAGCGGCUGCGUGGGCGUCCACCGUGGAGGAUGUUGUGUGCCACGUAGACGACGGCAACUGGGGCACGCUGACCAAGGAGCUAUCGAGCAUGUUGCCACCCGCGUAA